UGGCCCUCCUGGUUCAAUGUUUUCAAUCUACAUAUAUCCUAUAAUACGUGAGCUUGGCUCCCCUUCCCUUGGACCCUGGUCCACUAAUCGUACGACAGUCACCGCAGUCACAGUUUCACUGACACAGAUAGUACGUCAAUUGCUAGUUUGUGGUAGAUAGUCAGUGAUGGUUAGUGACAAGUGAUAGUUGUUGACGAAAAGGCAAUUGAGACUGUAAUUAAUAAAUCAUUAGUUUAAACAUGUCAGUAUGUAAAUUCCUUCGAGUACUCUUACAAGAAAGUUCACUGAAAGAAAUUCAAUCACAAAUCACAUGACGAAAGCGUUCUUUGCUAAAAUUACUGUCUUAUAAAAUAUUUAUAGGUUAUGUAAACUAAUUUAUCUCUCAAACAUUUCUCAAAAUGGAGAAACAUAUGCAUUUAUGGAAGGGUGUUGAUAAAUUGUCAUACACUUUUGGCGACAAGCCGAACGGCAUCAUUUGCAGAUUGGUUACUAUUAAAGAUCAUAUUUUCGUAGCAACUACCUGUAACAAUCUAUAUCAUGGAGAGGUAUCGUUCCUGGAGGGUUCUCCUUUAUCAUUAAUUUUCAAAAGGGCUCAAUUUGAUGUGGUUGACAUAGCAUCCAAUUCGGAGCAUUUAUUUAUUGUAGAUAAUAACGGACACGUUUUAAAAAUAAAUCCUGAAAAUAUGAGUAUAGUGGAUACAAUAAUUCUAAAAGAUGAAGUCAAAUAUUGUAGCCAUGGAUAUAAGCAGGAAAGCGAAGUUCUUAAAGUGAAAUCAAUAGCAGUCAGUGACCAAGCAGCACUAUUUGUGACAGAACAUGGACAGCUCUGGGCUAGUGGAAAUCAAUCGCAAAUAGACAUCAAUAGCAUAGAGCCUAAGAAAGUGAAGUUUUUUGAAGGCAGAACUGUGUUUACUGUUUCAUGUGGUUUUAAUUUUAGUGUAGUUGCUGUAAGAAAAACAACAAAAUCUAUGAAAGAUGAUACAGAUAGCGAGAAUGAAUUAGAGGAAGAAGUUUUUGUUAAUUCGUGUCCUCAGUGUCUCGAUACGGUACUAUUAAGUCCUACGAGUUUGACAUCAUCAGAUACUUGUCCAACUGGACUUCAUGUGCAACAAUUCAGCGAAGAUCACUCAACCACUUCCAUUAGUGCUUUAUCUAUUGCUAGUAAAGAGCGUGACACUAUUUCAUCUGUGAAAGUUGUUAAAAGAGAGGAAGCUUCUAAAAUAAGUGGAAAUGAAGAUGAAUAUGCUUUUAAUCCUACAGAUUCUGAUAAAGAAGAAAAAAAGAAUGUUAUUUUUAUAAACACAGAAGCAGCAAAACAGUUCUUAACGAGGCAAUUGUCCUGGGUGUCAUCUUAUGGAAGUGUUAAAGAAGACAUACCUUUGGAAAAUGUUGAAAAACCAAGUAGAUUAAUCAAGCAAAAUGUAUCCAAUGUAGCUAAUUUGGUGUAUGAAGGAGUAAAAAAUGUGGGAGGUAAAGUUGUUACAUUAUCUAGACACAUGAGUGGAAGCUCGGACACCAAUGAAUUUAAAGAUGAUAGUAAUGAACAUCCAGAGGAACAAGGAGAAGAAUGGUUAAAACCUAGUACCACCAGUUUGGCAUUAAGUUUACGCUGUGAAGAAUUCCCAUGGUCAUCAAGUACUGGCUCUUCGGAACAUGAACUAUCUCAGCAAGGUUUAAAUGAAAGAAUUAAUACAUUAACGCGCACUGGCAGCAAUAUUUUGUCUACUGAACUGUGGACAUGGGGUGAUGUGCAGUAUGGACAAUUAGGAACAGGAGAUAUUAUUAUACGUUCACGACCUAUUUUAGUAGCAAAACUUAGUAAUACUGGACUUAGAAAAGUUUCUUGUGGCGCGUUUCAUAUCCUUGCCUUAACAUUAGAUGGCAGGGUCUUUGCCUGGGGAAGAAACAAUCAUAAACAGGUGACAUUGGAAACAAUUGCAUAUCAAAGUGCACCUCAAUUGUUUACUACAAAAUUAUAUCCAAAUGAGAGGGGCAAAGAUAUCGCAGCUGGUACUUUUCAUAGUUUAAUCAUGAUGCAUCAUGGUUUAUACUUUAUUGGGCGUUCUAGUAAGGCUGGAGAAAUGUUCUAUCUUGACAUUGAGACAAGCAGUGAAUACAGUUCACGACAAAUUUUUAGUUCUGGUGAAUAUAGUUGUUGUUCUGUGAUAAAUGAACCUGAAAUAAAUAUUUCUGAAGACUUAGUAAACGAUCAAGUCUUUUUGGAAGAACUAUUGAUCGUUUAUCAACAUUUAAUUAAACCAUUCCAAAAAAAGGGUGGGGCUAUGCAAGAAUCAAAUGUUUAUGAAACAUUGUGUCGAUGUUAUACAGAGUUAUUAAGUUUUAGUGCAUUGAAUGUUGUUAGCUUAUGGGACUAUUUCAAUCAUAUGGGUGAAGCAUACGAAGUAACAGUGAUUGCUAAUGUUGAGGAAUAUAUUACUGUGUACAAGUACUAUUUAAAUGCAAUAUGUGAUGUCAUUUCUCUGAGUGGAUCUACAUACAUUGCAAAAAUAAUUGAAGUACCUCAAAUUAUAACAAAUUUAUUUUCAAACAAAUUAAGAAGUAAUGAAACCAAGAAAGUUACUAAUGAAAUUAUUAUCACUAUGGCAUUGCAGCAUCCACUGCGCAAGUUAAAUAGAUAUAAAAGCAUGAUUUUAAAUUUGAUAAAGUGCAACAAUAUAAAAAUGGGUGUAGAACGAUUGCAAGAAGCUCUAAUAAAAUGGGAACAAAUAUGUGAAAUACAAGAGAAGCGACAGAAAGAGGCUGAAACGACUAAGCUAUUUUGGGAAAGUUCUGGGAAAUUGGGAGAAUUAUUGAGAUCUCCUAACAGAAGACUUAUAAGAGAAUCACGAACGCAUCCUAUAUCAAUUCUUAAUUCUGGAAGGUUUUCUACACAUUGGUUUGUUUUAUUAACCGAUAUAUUUAUUCAUGUUACUGGAACUUCCCAUAUAGUUCACCCACUUCAAACUCUCUGGGUAGAAAUUUUACCAGAUUCCGAAACAGCACAAAAUGCUAUGUCAGUAGUAGCACCAGAAGAUACGUUUAUAUUAUAUACUCCAACACCUUCUGAACGUAAUGAAUGGUUACACGCUUUACAAAAUGCUAUAAAAUGUAGCCUACAAAGGGUUAUUGGACAUGUACCUCCAAUAGUACGUUCUAGCUCCUUCUCUUUCACAAAGCACAGUGUUUUCAAAGAUGCAAAGUACACUGGUCGAUGGCUUAAUGGCAAGCCUCAUGGUUCCGGAAAAUUAGAAUGGUCUGAUGGUCGUAUGUAUACAGGACAGUUUCAUAAAGGCGUUAUUCAUGGUAACGGUAAAAUGGAAAUUCCGUCACAAGGAGUGUACGAAGGACAAUGGAAAGAUGGUCACCAAAAUGGAUAUGGAACAAUGAAAUAUAACAAUGGAGACUUUUAUGAAGGAUACUUUAAAGACGGAUUGCCACAUGGCCAUGGUGUUAAAAAAGAAGGUCAUUUUAUGGCAUCCGUUGCAUCUGUUUAUAUCGGAGAAUGGGCAGCAGGUGUGAAACAGGGCUAUGGAAUUAUGGAUGACAUUAUGACAGGUGAAAAAUAUUUAGGAUCUUGGAGUAAUGGUAUGAAACAUGGAUGUGGUUUAAUUGUGACUUUAGAUGGUAUUUACUACGAAGGGGUUUUUAUGCAAGAUGUUUUAACGGGUCAUGGAGUCAUGGUGUUUGAAGAUGGUACUCAUUAUGAGGGUGAAUUUAAAUCAGCUGGAAUUUUUAAUGGAAAAGGUACAUUAACAUUCCGAAGUGGUGAUCGAUUAGAAGGCAAUAUGAAUGGGGUAUGGAACGAGGGAGUAAAAGUUAUUGCGACGCUGCAUAUGAAUAAGGCUUGUGGAAACGUGCAAUCUACUUCGAAACCAUUAUCAUUUGGAAAGCUAUGCGUAUCGCCAGAUCAAAAAUGGAAAGCCAUAUUUAAACAAUGCUAUCAACAACUUGGUGUUCUUGAGCCAGAUUCGAAGACUACAAGUAGUGCAAAUGAUAAGACUCUUGAAACACAACGCGCGUGGCAAAAUGUUGCCAGCAUAUUGACUAAAUCUCGUCAAAAGACAUCACAGCGAAAAAACCUUUUAACGAAUUCUUUUAAUAAUAAAGAAAAAGACAACGAAGGCACAGAUGAGUUGGAUAAAAUUCCUUCCUAUGGGAAAGAAAAGCUUACUAUUGAUAGCUAUAGCGAAGUUCAUAAAUAUUUAAUUAAAGCUUUUGAAAGUCCACAUCAUCCAUUAGGCUGUCUUUUGACAGAAGCUGCUGCUGUAUAUACAGCUACUUAUGGUGGCGUAAGAGUUCAUCCUUUGCUACUUAGUCAUGCUGUAUCUGAACUUCAUAGUAUUACCUCGAGAAUAUAUGAAAUAGUUACUCUAUUGUUUCCGGAAUUACCACGAGGCGGGAAAGAGUAUGUAUUGGAAGCAGAAAAUGAAGAAGAAAGUCAAGUUAUAAGUGCUGCUGGAAUACUCUAUCCAAUAUUAUUGCCUCGUGUGCACUCAGCACUUUUUGUACUAUAUGCUCUACAUAAUAAGAAGGAAGACGACGCUUAUUGGGAGAGAUUAAUGAAAUGGAAUAAGCAACCCGAUAUAACGUUAAUGGCUUUUUUGGAUAUCGAUCAGAAAUUUUGGAAAAAUGCAAGUGUACUGAAUUUAAGUGAACACGGAUUGCAGUAUAAAAGCGAACCGUAUUUCACUGAUGCGAUAGAAACAUUGCAACAGUUGAAAACCACGUUUUCUCCAUUAGAAAAGUUGCUAGUUGUCAGAAAUACAUUUGAACAAAUGACUCAAACAGUUCAAAAACAAUUGGGUUCUGCAUACUUAUGGACAAUGGACGAACUAUUCCCGGUUUUUUGCUUUGUCGUCGUUCGCGCCAGUGUGUUACAACUAGGCAGUGAAAUACAUUUCAUAGAAGACUUUAUGGAACCUUAUUUACAAAACGGAGAACUUGGAAUUAUGUUCACCACGCUCAAGGCGUGUUACUAUCAAAUACUGCAAGAGAAAAUUAACGUCGUCGAUUAAAAGCUAAAAAUCUUGUAUGUUUGUAAAUCUAUAUAAAUAUGAACGAAGGAAUAAAAUCCAAUAGCUCUCAUUAUAAUAAAUUUUAAAAGCACGAAGAUAACAUUCAGCUGUUAGAAAAAGUUAUUUCAAAUUCUAAUAUCAUUUAAGUAAGAGUAAUAUAAUUUACACAUGUUAAGAUCUGUUAAAUAUAUAUAAAAUAUAUAUUUAUAUCUGUUAAACGUAAUUAGACGUAUUUAUUAUAAUUAAUAUCAAUAUAUUUAUAGUAUGAAUUAAAUUACAUAUUACAUCGAUAAUUCAUGAUAGUGUAGGUAAUGAUAUUAUAUGUUAUAUAAUUAUACAAAAGUGCAAAUGUGCAGUGUAUAUACAUUUAACUUGGUGGUACAGUCAUUUCAUUCCACCAUUUGUUGCGUUCUACUGUAUUUUGAACAUAAUUCAAAGAUCAAAAACUUGAAAAUUUAUUUAUAGUAAUUCUUUGUACAUAUAUGUUUAUACAUUAUUUUCAAGAAAUAAAAAGAUUUCGAUAAUAAAUCGUGAACUGUAUAUUUUAAUGU